CAUGCGGUGGAGGCCGUGUGGAAGGCCGUGGAGGACAUGAUGCAUCCUGAGCAGCCGGCUGAAGCCCGUCAUGCAGUGCUGCUGCUGCUGAGAGCCAUUAUACAGGGACAGGGUGAGCGCUUGGGUCCGCUCAGAGCGCACUUCUUUAAGAUCGUUUUGGACUAUCAGCCCUGUAAUGAAGAUCUGGCCGAGAGACUGGAGGUGUUCAAGGCCCUCACGGAGAACGGGAAAGACGUCACCCACCUAGAGGAGGAGAUCGCUGGGUUCGUCUUGCUGUGGAUGGACAUCGGUCUGUCAGCAGACUUCCUGCAUGUCCUCGUGAACUUGGUCAAAUUCAACUCCUGCUACCUGGAUGAGAACAUCUCCCUCAUGGUCCAGAAAAUCUGCCUUCUGUGUAACCGGACGACUUCCUCCACUGAUAUUGAGGUUGCGCUGCAGGUGUUGGACGCGGUGGUGUGUUAUAACUGCCUGCCCUCGGACUCUCUGACGGUGUUCAUCAUCACUCUGUGCCGAACCGUUAACGUGAAGGAGUUCUGUGAGUCCUGCUGGAAGUUGAUGCGUAAAGUGUUGGGGACACACCUGGGUCACAGUGCCGUAUACACCAUGUGCCGGAUCAUGGAGGAGAGCGUGUACAGUGAGGACGCCGCUCUUCUCAGGGGUGCUGUGUUUUUUGUUGGGAUGGCGCUGUGGGGCGCUCACAGACUUCCUGACCUCAAAAUCACGCCCACUCUGGUCCUGCCCUCCUUCUACAAGGCCAUGAGCUGUGCUAAUGAGGUGGUGUCCUACGAGAUCGUGCUGUCGAUCUCACGACUCAUCAAGAAGUACGGCCGCGAGCUGCAGGUCGUGACGUGGGACGUCCUGCUGUCCAUCGUAGAGAGACUCCUGCAGCAGAUACAGACGAUGGGCAGCCCUGAUCUGAAGGUGAUAGUUUAUGAGUUACUGAGCACCGUGGAGGAGCUGUACGAGCAGAACGACUUCCUCGGAUCCUCACAGACGCUCUUCAGUCUGGUGGAGAAGUGUGCUGAUAAACGCCCCGAUGCGUCUGUGCUGACGCUGAUCUCCUACCGAGCUCAGUCCAUCCAGCCGGCCAAAGACGGAUGGCUGCAGAACCUGCUCAAACUCAUGGAGAAGUUCUUCAGGAACGAGAGCCGGACUGUGAUCAGGAUCAAGGUCCUGGACAUCCUGUCUUUCGUGCUCAGCACAAACCGCCAGCUCUAUGAGGAGGAGCUGAUCGAGGUGGUGGUGAUUCCUCAGCUGGGUCAGAUCGCUGAAGAUCGAGAUCUGUCCGUCAGGAAACAGGCCACGCAGCUGCUGGUGGAUCUGGCCGAGGGCUGCAGCACGCAUCACUUCAGCAGUCUGCUCGACAUCAUCGAGAAGGUCGCUAGUCGUCCGUUAACGUGUUCUCUGGAGGGAGAGAGAGAGAUGUCAGUGGAGUCUCCCAUGGAGGACGUCCGCACCGCUGUACUGGGUCUGCUGGACAUCCUUCAGAGUAAACUGUACAGUCUGCCGGCCAGUCACGCCAGCCGCGUGUACGAGCUGCUGAUCUCUCAUCUGCAGCUUCACUACAAGAACAGAUACUUCAGUGCCAUCGGGAGCUCCAUACGCCUCCAGGUCUUUGAUUUCUUACUGAUGAUGAGGGCAGACUCUCUUCAUCAUCUGGGUGUCCCCAAUAAAGAUGGGGUCCUGAGGUUCAGCCCAUACUGUCACUGUGACGACGGAGAGUCGGAGAAAAGAGUGGCUGAGAAAAAGACGACAGGAAGUGUGUCUCCGCCGACAGGAAGUCCGACACCGGCGGCUCCGCCCUCCUCCAUACGCACGGCCUAUCUGCCCUACAGCCUGGCCUUCAGCGUGCUGCUACAGUGCCUGAAGAUGGAGACUGACUGGAAGGUGCUGAAGCUGGUUCUGGAUAAGAUGUCCAUCACCAUCCAGUACAAAGUCUUGAUCCUGACGUCACCCUGCAAAAUUGAUCAUCUAUGCUCGACCCUCUGCUCAACGGUGAGCGACCGUCUGAUAUCGGAGCGACUGAAGAAGACUCCUGAUGGAUUCUCCCUCACUGAUGUUCAGCUCGCUGUGGUUCCUGUUCUCACCGCCCUCACCUCGUACCACAGCCACCUGGAGCAGUCCCGACAGAGGGAGCUGGUGCAGUGUUUGGAGAAGGGGCUGAUCUAUCGCUGUGCUAAGCAGUGUGUGGUGGCUCUGACCAUGUGCACCGUAGAGAUGCCCGACAUCAUGAUCAAGCUCCUGCCUGCCCUCAUCGUCAAGCUCACGCACAUCUCAGCCACCGUGGCCAUGGCCUCGCCCAUGCUGGAGUUCCUGUCCACAUUAGUGCGGCUCCCACAUCUGUAUGCUAACUUCGUAGCUGAGCAGUAUGUUAGCGUGUUUGCUAUAUCAUUGCCAUACACCAACCCCUCAAAGUUUAAUCAGUACAUAGUGUCUCUCGCCCAUCAUGUGAUCGCCAUGUGGUUCAUACGCUGCAGACUGCCCUUCAGGAAAGACUUCGUUCAGUACAUCACCAAGGGUCUCCGUUCAAACGCUCUUCUGCCGUUCGAUGACACUCACGAGCAGAGCAGCUUCAGAGCGCGCAGCACCAGCCUGAACGAGAGGCCCAAGAGUUUGCGGAUGACCAAAGUGGCGAAGCAAGGCCCCAGCGCAAACUCUCCCGUUAGAGACCUGAAAGAUCUGUCGGCCAUGGACGCCUUCCGCUCCCGAAGCAUCAGUGUGUCCGAGCAUGCGGUGCGCAGGAUGCAGAUGUCCAGCACCACCUGCAGCCUGGGCUCGGCUGACGAGAACGCGGUGAUGCAGGCGGACGACGCGCUGAAGACCGUCCACCUGGAGCUGACGGAGACCUGUCUGGACAUGAUGGCACGAUACGUCUUCUCCAACUUCUCUGCGCUGCCCAAGAGGUCUCCCGUUGCAGAGUUCCUGUUAUCCGGCGGUCCCAGUAUGACUUGGCUGGUUGGGAAUAAGUUAGUCACCAUUACGACCAGCGGUGGGUCGCGACCCCAAGCCCUUCUGGGUCUGGACCUGUCCGAGAGACCUGGAGGAGGAGAAAUGACCAGGUCUGACCCGUCCUUACACACCCGACUGACGAAAGAGGCUCCUGCGAAACUGGAGUCCCAGUCGGGCCAGCAGAUCGGCACCAGCACUCGCACCCGCGUCCGCUCCGUAUCAGGUGGUCACGCUCUGCGGGCCGGUCCGGCUCAGAGUCUCAGUCCUCUGGUGGCGUCUCCUGAGGGGGAGUACAGUGGCCCUCUGCCCCCGCCGGGACCCCCUCUGGAGGUGCUGGGGUCUCAGAGAGGAGUGGACGAGCACCCUGCGCCCCCCUCCUCCUCCCAGUCCUCAGCGCCGCUCAAAGACAUGUCCGGUCUGGCCGAGUUUGUGCCCAUGUUGACGCAGGGCUGGGCUGAGAUCUUCAUCCGCAGACCCUCAGGGAACACCAGCUGGCUGAUGUGUCUGGAGAACCCCCCGAGCCCCUUCUCGUCUGAGCUGGGGAACGUCCCGCUGCAGGAGCUGUCCAGUGUGCUGAUGGCCAUGGACGGGGUGAAGGAGCCCCAGCCGCAGGACAGACCCUGCCCCAUCCAGCGCUCCGACACCG